GCAGCUGCUUCCUGGUUCGAAGCUCGCCGAGGGGGGGAGAGCGUGAGCCCGCGGAGGCGGGGGCAGGAGGAGAGGCAGGAGGAGGCGGGGGAAGAGACGCUUGGGGCUGGAGCUAACCGGACGGGUCGCGCCGGCUCUCCGGGGAGAGGAGCUACCUGGCCCUGCAGAAGGGGCGAGUCCGGCGCGAGCCCCCGGGAAGCGCCGUGCGCUCCAAGGGGACGAUCAGGCUUCCCCGGCCCGCAGAGGGCUCGGCGCCGGGCUCCCCUCCUUUCCACCUCGGGAGGAAGGGAAGGAGGGGAGGGGAAGGUCCCACAGAGGAGGCAGAAUGGCCGGUCGAGGGGGGCUUGGGCGCUGCUUUUCCCCGGAGCUGCCUCGACUCCUGCGGCUGCCGCGAGGGCUGGCCUGAGCCGGGACUCCCCGCUCUCCCGCCGCAAGUCAGCGCGGCCCCCCGGGGCCGGGGCAGCGGCGCCGGCAUGUCGUCUGGCACUAUGAAGUUCAAUGGCUAUUUGAGGGUCCGCAUCGGCGAAGCCGUGGGGCUGCAGCCCACACGCUGGUCCCUGCGCCACUCGCUCUUCAAGAAGGGCCACCAGCUGCUGGACCCCUACCUGACGGUGAGCGUGGACCAGGUGCGCGUGGGCCAGACUAGCACCAAGCAGAAGACCAACAAACCCACGUACAAUGAGGAGUUCUGCGCUAACGUCACCGACGGCGGCCACCUUGAGCUGGCCGUUUUCCACGAGACGCCCCUGGGCUACGACCACUUCGUGGCCAACUGUACCCUGCAAUUCCAGGAGCUGCUGCGCACGGCCGGCGCCUCGGACACCUUCGAGGGCUGGGUGGAUCUGGAGCCAGAAGGGAAAGUAUUUGUGGUAAUAACCCUAACAGGGAGUUUCACUGAAGAUUUUUGGUUUCAUGCCAACCUUUUGGUUUACCCUUCGAUGUCUAUGAAAGAACUUUAG